AUGGACGUGUCCUUGGACCUCAGAUCCCUGUGCCGAACCUCCGUGCCAGAGAGGCUUGAAGAGAGACCGGCAGAAAGACGGCACAGAGAUGUGCGGCAGCAGAUCCGAGGGACCAGCACGGGCCAGAGCAGGGGCUCCCCGGCCCACGGAACGGGAAAGCUGUGCGCCUUUGGGCAGGGGGCUUGCUGGCGGAUUGGGGUCACCUAUCGGCAGAGCUGGAAAGGAGGCCAGCCGAGGACGGCCCGCCAGGUCCUUUCGCGCUUCCCCGGAGCACAGGGCGAGGCUGGGGGAGGUGUCCCAGUGGAGGGGGCUGGCAAGCCCUCUGCUGGAGAUGGAGACCCCAUCAGCCGGCGCCGAUCGUGUCGGCGGGAGGUGUCCCCACGUGAUGAGUCGUAUCCUGGGCCCGCGUCCCGCGUGGCCGGGGCCGGCCAGGCGCCUCCCUUCUGCCCCACAGAGAUGAUGGCCAGCAGGGCAGACCUUGGAGUCAGCUGCAGCCUCCGCCUGCCGGGUGUUCUCAGGCCGGCUGUGCCCCUUGCGGCCUCCUCGUUUUAUGAGGUGGAGGCCUCGGCCCCUGUGUGCUCCGUCUGGAACCCCAGCCAGGACCGUUUCCACAAACUGGCCGCCAACCCCGUGUGGACACCCGACAUGAACACUGUCAUCUGGCAGGCGGCGCCCGUUCGGCUGGGGAAACUGAGUCCUGCCUGGGGGCGCCGCGAACUGGAGUCGGCGGUGCAACCUGAGGGUCUGGGCAUCCGGCGCCCCCGGGGCCGAGCGCUUGUGGGUCGUUCUCCGGCGCGGAGGAGCCGCCGCCCGGUUCUCCAGGGCGCAGCGCGCGCACAGCCGCUGGGGCCACGGGCUGCGUGCUGCCUGGGCGGAGAGGAGAGCCGGUCCGCCGACUCCUGCGCCCUUUCCUCCGAGCCUGCCUCGGCACAGACUGCGGCGUGGCCCUUGGCCAUGGUGCAGAAACGAAUCCGGGACAGCGCUUCCCUGGGGGGCUGCGGAGGGGGUGUGCAUUCAGCCAGCGCUUACUGUGUGCGCGGGGCCUGGGGGAGGGGCACGUCCGGGCCUGCUCCCCUGGGGACAGGCCCCCUGCCAGCUCCCCGGGGGCAGUGCCUGCAGUUGGACCUGGGAGUGUGGCUGCGAGCAAGUGCCAGGGGUGUCCCUGGGGGUGCAAGUGUGUCGCAGCCGCAGGCGGCCCCCGGCGCCCUGGAGAAGCGGUCCACGGCCGUGCUGUGCAACACCUGCGGGAACGCGUGCAAGGGCGAGGUGCUGCGCGUGCAGCACAAGUACUUCCACCUCCAGUGCUUCGUCUGCAAGGGCUACGACGGGACAGCCCUGCAGGCAUCCGUCCACGUCUGCGGCGCCACCUGCCCUGCACCCCCGCAGCGAGGCCGGCCUCCAAGGCGGUGCCCCGGAUCUCAGCGCAGUCCGCCUUGCACCGCGGCCACGGGGCUGGCCUCUGCAGCACCUCUGGGGAGAAGGGCCCGAGGGAGGACUGGGAUGGCCCACAGCAGGCACAGUUCUCUGAAGAGGUGGCGUGGGUCCACCCACCAGCCAGAGAGGACCAUCUGUCGCAGCCGGGACCAGGUGUUUGGAAGCCCUCCGCUGUGGGAUGGUCGCGGGGGCCGCUCCGACUUCCCGCUCAGCACCGUGCGCUGGAUGAGUAUGUGGGGUGGGCGUGGCGCGGAGGGCAGGUGGCGGAAGGCUACAGAUGAGCACGUGGGCCGUGGGGGUGGCCGUGGGGGUGGCCGAGGGGGUGGCCGUGGGGGUGGCCGUGGGGGUGGCCGAUCAGCAUCCAGCAGUGAGGCCGCAGAGGCCAGGUCAACCAGCUCGUCUCCAAUCCAGGGGCCCCGGAAGGACGUGACUCCACUUCUGAUGGGGGGCCGGGGGGAGCACGUGGACCCUCGGCGUGAGGCUGAGGCCUCACAGAGCCAAGUCUCUGUCUUUGCUGUGGGCACAUUGUGGCUGCCCUUUCCACCGGGGGACCGAGUGACCUUUAAUGGGAAGGAAUGCCUGUGCCAGAAGUGUUCCCUGCCCGCAUCGCUGGGCAGCAGCGCCCACCUGUCCCAGGGCCUGCGGAACUGCGGUGGCUGCGGGUCCGAGAUCAGGAGCGGCCAGUCCCUGCUGGCGCUGGGCAAGCACUGGCAUCUGGGCUGCUUCACCUGCAAGGCCUGCGGGGAGCUUCUGAGCGCGGAGUACAUCAGCAAGGACGGGCUGCCUUACUGCGAGGCUGACUACCACGCCAAGUUCGGCAUCCGGUGUGACGGCUGUGAGAAGUUUAUCACCGGCCGGGUGCUGGAGGCGGGGGAGAAGCACUACCACCCUGAGUGUGCGCUGUGCGUCAGGUGUGGCCGCAUGUUUGCUGAGAGCGAAGAGAUGUACCUCCAAGGUUCUUCCAUCUGGCACCCUGCGUGCAGACAAGUGGCCAGGACUGACGACAAAGCCAAGGCCAAGCUCGGUGACGAGGUCCUCGACUACCGGGACCUGGCUGCCCUGCCCAAGAACAAGGCCAUCUACAACAUCGACCGCCCUGACAUGAUCUCCUACUCUCCCUACAUCAGCCACUCCGUGGGCGACCAGCAGAGCUACAGCGAGGCAGAGCAGGAUGACCGGUCGUACAAACAAUGCCGGACCUCCAGCCCCAGCUCGGCGGGCUCCGUCAGCCUGGGGCGCUACACCCCGCCCUCGCGGUCCCCACAGCACUACAGCCGCCCAGCUGGUACUGUGAGUGUCGGUACCAGUGCCUGCCUCUCCCUGUCCCGACACCCAAGCCCCACCUCCGUGUUCCGACAUCCCUACAUCCCCUACUUCAGAGGCAGCGAAAGUGGCCGCAGCACCCCCAGCCUCUCUGUGCUCUCGGACAGCCGGCCGACUCCCUCCACCUACCAGCAGGCGCCACGCCACUUCCACGUCCCAGACACCGGCGUGAGGGAUAAUAUCUACCGGAAGCCCCCCAUCUACAAACAGCACGCGGCGAGGCGUCUGGACGGCGAGGACGGGGGCUUCGACCAGGACAGCAGGAAGAAGACCAGCUGGCUGACCCUCAAGGGGGAUGCGGACACCAGGACGAACUCCCCGGAGCUGGACAGCCAGUCCCUGUCACACAGCAGCGGCACAGACAGAGAGCCUCUCCAGAGACUGCCAGGUGACAGCUCUUACUCAC